CAAGGGGACGCAUGUCAUAUUUUUCAUGAAUAUUCAUUUUUAAUAAAAUUUCGAUUAUUAUUAAAAUAUGAGAAAGUGUCGUAUGAGCAGAAGUGCAGUGAUUUUAUAUUGGUGUAAAAUAUAGUCACAAUAGACUCUUUCUAAGGUUUUUCUGAGGACGCCGUAUUGUUGCUCCAUCUCGAAGUGCUCAAUUAUGUCUACGUGCCCUGCUCCUCAGACUAGCUAGUGAAAGUUAUGGUUAUGGAUCUCUUCGCGAGAUUGCAGAAAUGCAUUUGAAGGAGUAGAGUGUUUUAAGAAAGUGAAAAAAAAAGAAGUGUUCAUGGAAAACGUGAACUUUCAACCGAGCGGCGAGGAGAUAGAGCGGGCCCUGAUGGACCUGGGCCCACUCCUGGGCGUCACCAUCAAGGAGGAGGUGCAGGACGAGCUGGGCGAGGCGAGCUCCGCGCCGGCAUCCCGCGUCAAUGUGGGCAGCGCGUCGGAGAGCGGCAAGGGCUCGGGCGGGGGCGACGGCGGCGGCGGCGCGGACUCGCUGGCGUCGCCGGGCGCGGCGCGCUCGCCGGCCGGCGCGCGCUGCGUGCUGUGCCAGGCGCCGCUCGCGCUGGCCGACGGCACGCCCAAGCUCAUGGAGUGCCUGCACUCCGCCUGCGAGCCCUGCAUCAACGCCAAGCUCGAGGAGAGGCAGGCUAACUCCAGGGACUUCUUAGGCGCGGAGCGCAUCACGGUGACGUGCCCGGCGUGCCGGCUGCAGUGCCAGGUGGCCAACAUGAUUGACCAGCGCUUCGUGCUCGAGAAGAUGGCCGCCGAGCAGGCCGGAUCCAGCAGCGCGGGCGUGGGCGAGCAGCAGUGCAACAGCUGCGAGGACACGGAGCCGGCCACCAGCUACUGCGUGGACUGCGCCGAGUUCAUCUGCGACAACUGCGUGCACGCGCACCAGAGGCUAAAGAUAACGAAGGACCACACGAUCAAGAGCAAGGAGGAGGCGCUGGCCGAGCUGCAGGCGGCGCAGGCCACGCCCUCCGCGAACGACAUGUUUUGCCGCGACCACGUGCAGGAGCGGCUGACGCUGUUCUGCGAGACGUGCGACCGGCUGACGUGCCGCGACUGCCAGCUGCAGCACCACCGCGACCACAAGUACCAGUUCAGCACCGAGAUGGCCGCGCAGGCGCGCGCCAACAUCUCGUCGCUGCUGUCGGAGGUGUCGUACAAGCGCGUGCUGCUGGGCUCGGCCAUGAAGGUCAUCCGCGACCGCCAGCAGCUCAUCGCCGACAAGAAGAAGGCGCUCGUGCACGACAUCACGCAGACCGUGGUCAAGCUCACCAACGCCAUCAACACGCGCGGCAAGCAGCUCGUGCUGCGCCUCAACGAGGUCUGCGACGCCAAGCAGCGCACGCUCGCCGAGAAGAAGGACGCGCUCGAGCAGCUCGCCGCCAUCACCGACCACUGCGUCGACUUCGUCACGCGCGCGCUCGACCAGGGCAGCGACACGGCGGUGCUGUACAGCAAGCGGGCGGUGUGCUCGCACCUGCAGCGCAUCAAGAGCCGGCGCGCAGACAUCCCCAACCCCGAGAUCCCCGUGCGCAUCAGCCUCGCGCUCGACAAGCUGCCCGACCUGAUUCGAGUGCUGUCGAGCAUCGGCGCCAUCGUGGUGGACGGCAAGGUGGACGGCGCGGGCGGCGCGCAGGGCCCCUACCACCCGCCCGCGCAGCCGCCACCCGCCCCGCCCGCCCCUCCCGCGCCGCCCGCCCCCCCGCACUCCGCCCACUCCGCCGUCGUCGCGCUACAACAGGUCGCCAUGCACCAGUCGUACGUGCAGUCGGUGCCGGGCGGCGGCGGCUACCUGCUGCAGACGCGGCACGCGCGCCCGCCCACGCCGCUGCGACACCCGCACGUCACCUCCACCACGCACCCGCACCAUCUGCACGGCAUGAACGAGAUGAACCUGCGCGGUCUGCUGAGCGCGCAGGCGCAGCGCGGCGCCGCCCCCGCGCGCGCGCCGCUGCCCUCCGCGCACCCCGCCGCGCACCCCUCCGCGCACGCCGCCAUGCAGCACGCCUACCAGCAGAUGAUAGGCGCGUACGCAUCCAACGCGUACAACGUGGUGAGCGCGGUGAACGCGCUGCCGGCGCCCGCGCCCGCGCCGCCCGCGGGCUCCGGCCGGCGCAGCGGCGGCCCGCGCACGCCCUCGCCCGCGCCCAACUACCCGCACCAGCCCGCCAAGUGGCACAUCCCGCAGCAGAACGCGCCCAACGGCGGCGUAGACGCGGGCGCGCUGGGCGGCGGCGCGUGCGGCGGGCCCGAGUACAAGAUCACGCUGGGCCGGCCGCGCGCGCCCGCCGCGCCCGCCGCCGUCACCUCCACCAACCCCAAGACGCCCAGCCCCAGCCUCAACGUGAGUACCCGCCGUACUGUAGCACGUGUCAGGCGGUGUAGACGCGGCGCGCUGGGCGGCGGCGCGUGCGGCGGGCCCGAGUACAAGAUCACGCUGGGCCGGCCGCGCGCGCCCGCCGCGCCCGCCGCCGUCACCUCCACCAACCCCAAGACGCCCAGCCCCAGCCUCAACGUGAGUACCCGCCGUACUGUAGCACGUGUCAGGCGGUGUAGACGCGGCGCGCUGGGCGGCGGCGCGUGCGGCGGGCCCGAGUACAAGAUCACGCUGGGCCGGCCGCGCGCGCCCGCCGCGCCCGCCGCCGUCACCUCCACCAACCCCAAGACGCCCAGCCCCAGCCUCAACGGCGUGGGCGGCGCGCUGGAGCUGGACAAGGUGUGCGCGGAGUCGGUGCAGGACCUCAUGGCCACCAUCGCCAAGCUGGACUCCAACGGCGUGCAGGUGGUGGCCGAGCGGCCCGAGCCGCGCGCGCCGCCCGCCGCCUCCGCGCCCUCGCCCGCGCCGCACGUGCACUCCAGCACCGACGUCGACGCCUCCGCGAAAGCCGUAGCCGAGAGCCUGGGCGUGGGUGGCGGCGCGGCGGGCGCGGCCGACCCCAACGAGGACUGGUGCGCCGUGUGCAUGGACGGCGGCGAGCUCAUGUGCUGCGACAAGUGCCCCAAGGUCUUCCACCAGUACUGCCACAUCCCCACCAUCGAGAAGCUGCCCGACGAGACGGAGAGCUGGCAGUGCCUGCUGUGCGUGAACUUCGCGGACUCGGCGGGCGAGGACGAGGGCUGGUGCGGGCCGGGGCUGUCGCCGCGCCAGCAGCGCCUGGUGGAGCGCAUCACGCUGGAGCUGUACUGCCAGUACGAGGCCUCGCUGCACUUCCGCGAGCCCGUGCCCGCCGACAACAUGCACUACCACUCCAAGAUCGCGCGGCCGAUGUGCCUGGACGCCAUCCGCAUGCAGCUGCAGCCGCGCGCGCCGCAGCGCUACACGCACGUGGCGCAGUUCGUGCACGACUGCCGCCUGCUGUUCCGCAACGCCUACCACUACAACCCGCCGGACUCGGCGAUCUUCAAGGACGCCAAGCGGCUGGAGGAGUUCUUCGACGCGCAGCUGGUCAAGUUCCUGCCCGAGUACGCCUACUGGAGCGGCGACGGCGAGCCCCCGCACAAGCGCGCGCGCGCCCACGCGCUGGCCUGCUGA